AUCCAGGUGAAUGUAGAGCACCUAAACAUCUGCAAACCAGAAAAUAAGAAUUCCUUUAUCUACAAACGUAGUUUACAGUUUAUUCAGGAUGCUCUUGGAGGACCGAGAAUGAAGUAAAGUCAAGUAUACGAAAGAUAUAUUUGUGAAGGAAGUGUUAACACAGCCCGUCCACAAUGGUCAACGUAUUGAAAGGAGUUCUCGUCGAAUGUGAUCCAGCUAUGAAACAGUUUCUUUUGUAUCUGGACGAGACAUCGGCCUUGGGUAAGAAGUUCAUCAUCCAGGAUUUGGACGACACGCACGUUUUCAUCCUGGCUGAAGUCGUGCAUAUUCUUCAGGAACGCGUAGGAGAACUGAUGGACCAGAAUUCAUUCCCCAUCACCCAGAAAUAAACGUCUGAGGAAUCUGACAGGAGCCAUUACAAUCUGUGAGAUCGCGUGGAUGUGGAGAUCCGUCCUGUAUGGACACCAAAACAAAGAUGCACAUGCAGGACAAUCUCUGUGGCAUCAGUCAUAUAAUUCAUUUAUAAGAUUACGAAUAUAAAUGGAGAAUGGCAUUACGUAUUAAAAGGAAUGACGAAUCAAGUUCAGAUAGGUUGUAUAGGGUGCAAUAUUAAAAGAUGUUUGUUAAUGGAUGAUAAACAAACGCAGGAACGUUUGUAUGUGUCAAAUAAAAAUUUGAACAAAUGUG